CGCACCUGCCUUGGACAUUCGGUAAAUAAGGUAAGGUACCUUGGGCAGUAAGGUACUUUACUACUGGGGCUUUCACGAGGUGUCCAGUGCCGCCCGUCCCUUGAUGAGGCACCGACUUGAGCCAACCUUGAACUUCCAGGUCUCCACUGCCCACCGCCCGAUCGCUGGUCCACGCCUAUUACGCAAAGGCCCACUUCUCCCAACCUGACGUUUCGACGUCCACCACCUCAGCACAAGCACCUCUUUUUCUCCGCCGACACCCAUCUGUCCCAACCAGCACCACUACGGCACCGUCUCUUCUGUGCAUGACGCUCACCGAACCCGCACUUCGUUGUCCAAGCAAGCCUCACGACCGGCUUGCUUGAAUCUGCACUGUCGCCUGCGUCGAGCCGGAGCCUCGCGGAUCAAGCCCUGUUCCUGGACGACCUGCACUCGUCAAGGAACCCAGUGGACCUGCUUCGCCUGGCUGCGUGCCCAUCGCCUGGAUCUCGGCCAUAGGAACGACGUCGAAGCGUCUUCUACCAGACCCCUUCCGUUUACCUGCCCGAGGCCUGGACUGCAUACUCCGGUGCAAAGAGUCGCCGUUGUCGACGCCUUUCGAGACCCUCUUCCGGUGCUGUGCGCUCCCCAGCCUGGGACGCCUGUUGUACGACACUACCCCCCGCGUUCAUACAGAACCGACGAGUUGCCCUCCUACAUUAUUGCUCGCUCUAGCAUCAGCCGCCACGCAAGGACACGCACCAGCAACUGUCCGACUGAGGGCCCUUCGCCUUUGCGCGCAGCGUUGUUGCUCCGGCCGGCUGGCCGCCUGUAGUGGAGGGGGAGCUUGUUUUUUUCGUCGCCGCGGCUUCUGCCGCUCCUGCUUUCACCAUGGGCAAGAUAACAAAGACGAUGCAGCCCAAACAUAGGGAGACGCUGUCGCCCUGGCUUCGUAACUAUGUCCAGACCACCGCAGCCCUCCCACUGCCAUCUUUGCCAAAGCACCUCUCCGAAUUUCCGUCGAGAUGGCCGUUUGGACGUGGCGAUUUAUAUCACUGGAUACCUCUUCUCAACCGCUUCGACAGUAUAUUGGGGCAGUUUUGCAAGACCUACAAGCUGCAUGAAGGCCCCCAGACGCGCGACUUCGGAGCUGAGAUGCUCUCGAACCAUGCCGAGGAUACGCCUUUUAGCAGCGAGAAGCUGUGGGAUGUGCGUGAGUUGGAGCAACUUGGACUUGCGUCGGACGGCGACAGGCUGCUAGUGGAAGCCGUCCUGCGCUUCACUCGCAUGCUCCUCGAACACUGCGGCAACCGAAGCAUUUACGCCAGCAGCGCCCAUUUGAACGAUCUCUUGAACAGCACAUCGCUGUCUAUCCUCAUUGUCACCCUCGAAGUUGGGUCGGAGCUGGCCCAACGCUAUCAAGCGUCCGUCAAGCGUUUCGGCAGCCCUUCGAGGCAGAUCAGUGCCGCCUUGCUGGCGAACCACUACAACAUCGACCUGGAUCGCGUUCAGCAAAUUGCGUUGCCAUUUGUCAAGACCCCCAUCGUGAGCCUCGCCGACUCCGCGCCCAAUGCGACCCCCGCGUCUGCCAAGGGCAAAGAGAAAGCGCAUAGCAGUGCCGCUCGAGCUGCCACCUCCAUGCAUGCAAACGACCUCACCGCCCUUGUGUCCUCAGACGACAUUGGCUGGAAGGAUUGGGCCGAUGUCCGGGUCUUUUACUACCCGGAGGAGACGGCGCCGAGCAACGAUGCUGUUGUGGAUCAUGGUCGCACGUCGGCUCCUUCAACGCCAACGCCGCUGCGACGGAGCUCCACCAUGACUGCACAGCAGCAUACCCCGAGAACACGCAACGCCCCCGGCGAGGACUCGUCGCCCCUGGGGCCUCGAACACCAGCUGUUGCCGAAGAGCACGUCACCCCAGGACAGAAAUCAUUUGAUAUUCCUCGAUCGGCUGUCAUCUCGACCCCCAUAUCAGAUCUCACGUCCCGCUGUCCUCAGGACAUGCCUGCUGCCGCCAAGUACGAAGUGUUCCACAGGCUGCGCGCUGCCAAGGCCUUGUUUGAGUCGUCUGAGACCCGUCGGCAGAUCUUGGCCACGCGCCUACUCGCCAUAACCAACCUGGCAUACAUCCACACCGAAUCCAACUUUUUGGAGAAGGUGCUUCGCCAGGACAUUGAUGAGACCAGACGCUAUCAGUUGGUGUAUCAGCUGGCAGAGCUCAUCCACCCGUCUGCCAGUGGCCGAGUCGAGGUGCCCUUAUGGCUGCAAUCCAUUGCACUUGCUCUCAUGGAGGCAGUUUCGAAUUUUCACGCCAGAUGCCAGGACGUGCUGUCAGCUCUCAACGCCAACGUCAACCAUGGAAUCCUACUCUAUGUCAUCCGAAAAGCCGUUGCCGGAAUGGAGAAGGACAGUGGUGAUGAUGACAGCGAACAUGUCACUGAGGCGGAUGAAUGGCGAAACAACUUAUUUUCCUUGACGUUACAUCUGUCCAUGGCUACUCGUGUCGGCAAUGAAAUGGUAUCGGCCGGCCUCAUGGACAUCCUCGUUGAGAUUCUCAACAUCCGGUCCAAGAUCGCUCAGCGCCACCACGCCAUGGUGUUGGCGUUCGUGGAUGGUCUGAUAUGGACAUACCAGAAUGCCUUCACGGCCUUCUUCAGCACAAAUGGGUUGGAUGCUGUUGCUAAGUUGGUUGUCGAUGCGGUUGGCGACGCUCGAACAUUGUUGAAAGCCUCUCAAGGCUUGAAGCCGGAGCAGCAGUCCAGCGCCGUUGAUUACUUGAUUCCUUUCUAUCAGCAGCAGACGCUCAAGUGGCUGCUCAAGUUUGUUCACCACAUCAUGGCUAAUUCGUACACCUAUGGGGCCAACACCGACCGGCUCCUGCGAAAUCUGGCCGAGAAGUCUGACCUGUUGAGCAGCCUGCGUGAAAUAAUGGAAGACAAGAAGUCUUUCGGUUCGGUCGUAUGGACGCACACUGUCACAAUCUUGAGCGACUUCAUCAACAACGAUCCCACCAGCUUCGCAGCCAUUUCGGAAUCGGGCAUGGUCAAGACGUACCUAGAGGCCAUCACUGGGAGUUCUGUGACCGACUUGCACUCGGGCGGCGAACAAACUCAGGGGGACGAGGGGGAGGAAGGCAGUGAAGAUGAUGACGAUUCCCUUGAUGAUGCCAUCAACUCCAUCGUUGAACAAGAUAACCGACCGCAUCCGCCUCCAGACGAAGCACUGCGUCGAGAACGACGUGGACCACUUGCCGCAGGUAUCCUGGCCUCGGCAGAGGCCAUGAGCGUUGUGCCCCAGGUGUUGAAUUCGCUCUCUCUCAACAACACUGGCAUGAAGAUGGUCGUGUCCUCGCGGGCUUUUGAUAGCUACCUGCAAAUAUUCGAAAGCUCCACCCACGUCAAGUGCAUGCAGUCGGAUAGAGAUCUCGCCCACACCAUUGGCAGCAGUUUUGACGAGCUCGCCCGUCACCACCCCCAGCUGCGGACGCCGAUAUCAAACGCCGUAAUCGACAUGGUGGCACGCGUGCGCUUCCUGGGCCUUGAAAGGGCGCGCACAGCUGGAUGGGGUGCCAAGUUGCUUCUCACAAGGGCCGGCGGCAAGCUACUCACGGUCACCGAGACUGGGAGCUUGGAAGAUGUCAACACACUCCCCACAGGCAAGGAAUCCGCGUCCACCGGCGAUCUGGACGUCGAUAUGGCUGAUGUUGCAUCUCCCAAAGACGCAGCUCCGGCGGCCAAGGUCGAGAAGGAGCCCGAAGCUGCCACAGAGUCGAUUACGCCAUACAUCCACGCGCUUGCCAGCUUCCUCACAGCUUACUUGUCAAACGGAAUGCUCAAGACGUACUUCAUCCGGAAGGGUGGAAUCGAGCUUUUGCUUGACAUCUGCCAAUCGCCUAGUCUCCCUGCUGCCUUUGGCGAUACGGCCGCCUCUAGGGGCUUGACUCAGGUUGUGGUGCAGCUGGUGGAGCAAUCUCCCAUGCGCGCUCUUCCUUCCCUGUUGCGGCGCGCCCAAGAUGCGAUCGACGUGCUGAAGCCUCUAGGUGCCAAGACUGAGGCCCUUCCGCCGUACUUUGCCGCGUUCCUGGACCGAGACUUGGAUAUUCCCAAGGAUGGCGCGGAUCUCCCGGAGCCUGUCAAGACGGGCACCAGAAUCAUCAAAGCACUGUUGAACGCACAGACGCUGCUUAAGAUCGCGUCUGAUUGUUUCUUUACCUCAAGGAACAACAAUGUUUCGUUCUAUCCGGUGAAUGUCUAUGACUACUAUCUGGCGCUGGUCAAAUCGAUUGGUCCUUUGUUACGGGGUGUUCUGGCCGAAGAAGCUGGCCAGCUGUCGGUCGUCCCACAGCAUUGGUCGCUUAGGCGGCAGCCGUCGGUAGGUGGCACCAACUCCCGAGAGAUCCAGGGCGAAGGCGACGAUGCGGCAUCUCUGCCAGAUGUUAUCAACGGCACGAGCAACUGGAGAUUAGGCGAGAAGGCGGACGAGACGACGCCGCGACGACCUACGGAGCAAGAGCAAGCUAGCCCUUGCUUUCAGAACUACGAAACGUUGAGAGUGCUGCUGCAUCCCAUGAUCCCGACUUCAUUUCCAUUGUUCCAAGCGCUGGGGCGAUCGCUCCUACCACGGCGCAGCGAGACAUCACAUCCUGAGCCGUUCACAAGAUGUCGCCACCUCGAAAUAGCCAAGGCCCUUGCCGACUGCGUUCUAGCUCAUCUGUCGCCUUCAGUCAUGAUGCCAGAACCGUCCUCCAAAGAUUUCCAUUAUUGGAUCAUCAUGCUGCACACAGUGCACGAGAUGCUCAUCGACCAGCCUCCGACCAGGCAGAGCGACCGUCCAAGCAUGCACAUCAUUAUGCCGGUGCUCCUUGCGUUCAAAGAGCUAGGCGGCUUGGAUGUUUUGAACACGAUGCUUCGAGUUUUCGCUCGCGCCAUCCGUCAGGUACCUGGUAAUAACAAUGAUGAGUCGUCAAAAAGCAAGGUCGCAGCGUUUGGGCUGAAGAAAGUCCUCGAUCUGUACCAUAUAUUGCUCAACGGCAAGUAUCUCACGGAUACUGGGAACUUCUUCAAUCUCCACCCCUGGAACGGCGAGAGAUCACAUUCGGGUCUGGCCCUGCAGCAAGUCGUUGUCGAAUUCCGCGCCAUUGCGAUGCCGGCGAUCGUCGAGCUCUGGGACUCGAAUCUGGUUGAGAGCGUUCCGGAUUCCACUGUCAAGCGACUGCUUGACAUUCUCAAAGUGGUUUCCCUCGGCGAGCACGAGUUGCCGCAAUUAUCCAAGACCGUUCCGCCCUUUGACCCGUUUCGAUACACGGACGCUCGUUUCGACUGGCAACCGCACCGCAAUGUCGUGGCCGAGACACUGAAUAAUGGCUAUGAAGAGAGUCUCGCGCACGAGGCUGCGUACAGGACCAAUGGCAACAUGACAGGUACCACAGAAUACUGCCGUGCCCAUAGAGACGGGCUUGCUGGUCCACGCAACCCUAUCCCGCCCGAAGACGCCGACGUUUCGGCUCUUGCUGUUCUCGAGCCGGCAAAUAACGACCAGGAUGAAUCGACAAACGAAGCCGUCUCAAGCGAGCGUCCCAGCCUGUCUGAUGUAGAUCGCAUGUCCCUGGAUGCGUUACCAGACGUGGCUACAGAGGGGCUGCACGAUUUAAUGGACAGCGGUGAUGCCACCGCUGACGAGGGGCAGCGCGUGCAAUCGUCUACCCCUACGGCACCUGUGGCCGACUCGGGUGAACCAGAAGUUGUUCGCAAGUUCGUUGCUGCUAAAAAGAACCUUGGUUCGUUGAGAGAAAAGUUGAAAAACAACUUGAUCGACCAAUGCCUGGACGUCAUUCGGGCCCAUCCGGAGACUGCCAUCGAGGUGUCAGAUCUCAUUACUGCCGUGGUGCUACGUCGGCAAAAUCAAGAGGCUCAGGAGGAUGUCGGGCCCACGGUGUCGUCUGCAUUGUCGUCGCUCGCCUUCGAUGACGAGGACAAGAAGCGGAAUGGCAAAUGCAUCGCCGCAUAUGCCCACUUGCUGGCUUUGCUGCUUCAAGAUGACAAGUUUUUCGAGCGUAACCUCGAGACCCUGGGAGACAAGGUUGACGAAUACGUUGGUUUCCUGAAGCUACCCACCUCUUCCUCGACAGAUGAGCUACCUCCCUGGAUCCCAUACAUUCUGCUCAUUGUUGAGACCUUGCUGUGCCGUGACGAACGGCCCGUCGCCGCGCAGUGGAAGCCUCCUGUUUCGUUGGACGAACCAGUAGCGGCACCAGUCGUACACAAGGGAUCUGUGCUCGUCGGCGACCAGCAACGAGAGGAUAUUCUCACUUCUCUGCUCGAACUUCUGCCUCGAAUUGGCAAGGAAGAGAUGUUAGCAACUGCCGUUUUGCGAGUCUUGGUUAUUCUCACCCGAAAGCGCGCUGCCGCCAAGCUUGUCGGUGAGAAGAGGAACUUGCAGCGCCUGUUCCUCAUGGCCAAGCAACUUUCAGGAUCUGGCUCUGAGCGUCUCCGGCAGACAAGAUUGACGGCCUACAUCGUGACCGUUCUCCGUCAUGUCGUCGAGGACGAAGAGAUCAUCAAGCAAAUUAUGCGUGCACAGAUCCGAAGCGACUUCCCGACCCUGCAGAGGACGCACCGUGGGACUCUGGAGAUUUCACAAUAUCUUCAUAGCAUGACUCCUGUGGCGCUUCGGGCACCUGACCUGUUUGUCGAUGUCACAAAUGAGCUGCUCCAAUUCUCGAGGUGGCAGGUGACGCCAGCAGACGACACACGAUCUCCUGGCCUGAGUAUGAAAACGCAGGAGGCAAUUGGAGAAGCGGCCGCCGACUCCAAGCCAGUUCCCGACGAGACGGCAACUGAGGACAUCAAGCAGUCUACGGAGGCCGGGGACAAGGAGAUGACAGACGUACCGAAGGCCCAUCAUGACAGCAAGCGUCCGGUCGUCGAGAACCCCGACGGGGUCAUUCAUUUCCUGCUGUGUGAACUGGUGAACUAUCGCGAGGUCGACGAUAAGGAACCAUUGCCAGCGGCAAAGGACAGCAAGCCCGAGCCUGAGACCAGCACCUCCGCCGCGGGCUCGUUGUCUAAAGACAAGGUUACGAUGGAUGAAUCUGACAAGAAGCUGUCCAAACCCGUCUUCAAAGCAGAGGAACACCCUAUCUUCGUCUACCGCUGCUUCCUGUUGAGCUGCUUGGCCGAGCUUCUCCAGAGUUAUACGAGGACCAAGGUUGAAUUCAUCAACUUCAAGCGCAGUGCGCCGCCGCUGUUGAACAAUACUCCUAUCAAACCCAGGUCCAGUAUUCUCAACUACCUCAUCUACGACUUGCUCUGCCAGGGCAACUUGAAUGGAGCCACAGAUACUAUUGCGUCUAAGAAGAAAGCUGCCACUUCCUCCUUGACGCAGAAGGUCCUGGUAGCGCUGGUCUCCAAGACCGCUGAGCGGCCUGUGGAGCGUAGCCGUGACAAAUUUGCGUACGACGACGAGAGCGACCUCCUUUUUGUCCGAAAGUUCGUGUUGGACACGGUCCUCAAAGCUUAUGAAAAGGCUCCGCUCACCGACGAGCCCUUGGAGACCCGCUACUCUCGAAUGCAAGGCCUAGCUGAGCUGAUGAAUCACAUGAUAGGCGAGAAGGACAAGGAGCAGAGCUCAGGCGUUCGAAAUGUCGACCAAGCGCAGUCUCGUUCUCAGGCUCAGCUACGGCGCCUCAUGUACGAGAAGGGCUUCGUGGACAAGCUGACAUCGUCAAUUGCGGAAAUCAGCCUCAAUUACCCUGGCGUCAAACGCGCAAUCAAGUACAUCUUGCGUGUUCUGCGGGUUCUUACGGCCACAGCCAAGGAGCUUAGCCUUUCGCCCUUGUCAAAUUCUUUACCGUCUGAUCUAACGGCGGUGGACCAGAGCGACGAGGAGUUUGCUUCCACAUCAUCUCUGUCUGACCUUGAUGACGAUCGGGAGGAGACUCCGGACUUGUAUCGCAAUUCCGCCUUAGGAAUGCUCGAGCCUCGAGGCGAGGACGACGAGUCAGAGGACGAUGAGCAAGAUGACGAAGACAUGUACGGUGAUGAGUAUGACGACGACGAGAUGGACUACGGCGAUGAUGAUAUCUCCGAUGGAGAAGACAACAUUAGCGACGAUGACGAGGAGUUGAGUGGCAUGGGCGAGAUCGAAGGUCUCCACGGCGAGCCCGGAGUCGUCGAAGUCAUCAUGGAUGAUGACGAGGAUGACGAUGACACUAGCGACGAUGACGAAGACGACGACAUGGACUCGGCUGACAUGGAAGACGUCGAGGAUCGCGUUGAGAUCGUGGACGAAGAAGGCAACCCCGUUGAUGAUGAUGGGGACUCUGGAUGGGAGAGUGAGAGUGACGCUGGAGACGCAGAAGAUCCAGAAGCCGAUGAUAUCGACUAUGACGCCGAGGUUCAGGAUGAAGAGGAAGCCCACAUCCACGGCCUGGGACCGCAUGAACUGCUAGACAACAUGGCACGGGCAAUAAUGCGCGGCGAUAACGAGGGAUACGAGCAAGAUCUCGGCCUUGACGAUCACUACUUGGACGAGGGUCACGACGAUGAAGAAGACGACGACGAUGACGACGAGGACAUUGACGACGAGGAAUACAUAUACGAUGAUGACUACCCCGAGGACCAGAUGCCUCACAUGCCGUCUGGCCUCGGGUGGGACUCACUGAACGCAGAUAUGGAUGACGGGCACCGUCCGCUCUUCGUCCUCGACGGCAGUCAUAGGAGACCCAUGCUCGCUCGUAUGGAACGCAGCCCGUUUCCGCCCCGCUUCAACACUGGCGCGCAUCGGGAUCACUUGGAUUUCCGAAGCUACUUCUCUCGCAGCCACCGGCCCGCCGGUGCACAGCCGAAUGCUGAGGACGGUGUGAACCCUCUCCUGCGACGUACCGACCACGCCGCCGAUGGCGCACCACGGGUGGGCCAUUCCCAUUCGCCAUCUCUUCGAUUUGGUCCUGGCCGGCAUGUCAUCGAUGGGCCUAUGGGUCUCUUGGGCGAGCUGAUGGAGUUUCUUCCAAUCAUGGGCCGCAAUGGCAACCAAGCGUUUCACUUCCAGAUUACAGGAGGACCUGGUGGUGUGCGCGAGGCACGAGAGCUCGCCAGUACGUCUCGCUGGGCUAGAGGCGACCAGCGUCGCGAUGGCUCGUCGACCCAAGAACCCCACCAGGCAGUGUCGUUCGCGCCCGAGUCAACAAUGGACCGCUACCAGGAGGAGGCUCGGAUGAUUUUCGGCUCGGCGCAUAACACGGAAGCCGGCAAGCUCGCGAAUGCAAUCGUAGCGAACCUCACGCCAGCGGCCAUAGAGCGAGAGAAGAAGCUCAAGGCUGAGGAGGCCGAGAUCGAGAAGCGGGUGGAGGCAGAGCGGAAGAGGCGCGAUGAGGAGCGCAAGGCUCGAGAGGCCAAGGAAGCGGAGGAGAGGGCCGCUCGAGAAAAGAAAGAAGCCGAGGAGAGGGAGGCAGCCGAGAGAGCCGCUGCAGAGGCCGCUGCGGCCAACAACACCGCCAGUGAGCAGGCAGCAUCGGCUGCCGACACUGAAGUCGGUGUCAUGGAAGGCAUCGAAAGCACGGAGCCCACUGCAACGGCUGGAAGUGAUCUUCAGACCAGCACAUCUGCUGCCAACCAGCCACGUGUAAUGACCACUCUCAGGGGCGAAGAAGUCGAUGUCACGGAACUAGGCAUUGACCCUGACUACCUGGCCGCCUUGCCCGAGGAGUUCAGAGAGGAGGUCAUUGCUCAGACUGUAAGCGAGAGACGUUCGCAAGCCCGCGAGGAGGCCGCCACGGGAGAGUCCACGGAGGUGUUCCAGGAAUUCCUUGACGCUCUUCCCGAGGAGCUGCGUUUGGAAAUUGCUCAGCAGGAACGACAAGACGAACGCCGACGUCUACGGGAGGGGAGCCGACGGCAGCCGGCGCAAGGUGGCCAGAGCGCCGCCGCCGCCGAGAUGUCUCCUGCCAGCAUUCUUCUCACAUUCCCGCCAGAGUUGCGGGAACAGGCUCUCAUCGACCAGGGAGAGGAUCUCAUGGAUCAGCUGCCCCCGGAGUUGGCCGCCCAAGCUCGCGCACUUGUCCAGCAGCACGCGCCUGUUCCCCAGCAGGGUGGCAUCCACUCCAUUGUCGCACCCGGAAGAACACCUCCCAGCGGAGCCAGAGUGACGGCUGGUACCGGAGCUGAGGGGCAGAGCGAGAACAAGGUCCAGCGCCGCACUGUGGUGCAGAUGCUGGACAAGUCCGGCAUUGCAACUUUGCUGCGACUCAUGUUCAUUGCACAGCAGGGCUCGAUUCGCAACUACUUGUUCAGUGUUUUUGCGGACGUCUGCGAGAAUCGACAGAACCGCCUCGAGGUUGUUAGCAGCAUUCUGCAGAUUCUUCAAGAGGGAAGCAUCGACAUGAGCGCCGUCGAGCGCAGCUUUGGCCAGCUGUCGUUGAAGGCCCGGAGACACAAGGAAAAGGACGAGCCGAAGACUCCUCAGACCCUUAAGCGGACGCUGACAAGCAUCGGAGCGACUUCCACGACACAGCCGAACUCGGAAACCUCGCCUCUGCUCAUUGUUCAGCAAUGCUUGGAUCUUCUCGUCGACCUCUGUACCAGGAGCCAUCACAUCCCAUGGCUGUUCUUGACGGAGCAUGAAAUCGUCGGCUCCACUUUGAAGAGGGCACUGAGUCGAAAAGGCAAAGCAAAGGAUUCAAAGGCCCAUAAGUACGCCAUCAACUCCUUGCUGACCUUAUUGGACCGUGAGCUCGUCACCGAAAGCUCGCUGGUUAUGACCCACCUUGCCGACUUACUAAACCGGGUCACCAUGCCUUUGCAAAACCUUGAGCGUCGCCGGAAGGAGACUCAAGUGGUUGAGAAGCCAGACGAGGCUGGUGGUGAGAAACCAGAGACCGGUGCUGGCCAAGAAACAGCAGCAGAUGAGCCCAACAACGAUGCUACAACUGCGCUUGCUCAGCACGAGGGCGAGGAACAAAAGGCGCCCGGCGCCGAGGACGAAAGCAAAGCAAAAGAGUCCUCGAAGAGACCAAAGCAGUUGCAGGCGCCCAUCAUCCCGACGCAGAACCUGAUUCUGGUCGUUCGCAUUUUCGUCGCAAGAGAAUGCAACUCCAAGACGUUCCAAAACACGAUCUCGACCAUCAAGAACCUUUCCGCGAUUCCGGGAGCCAAAGAAGCAUUUGGAGAAGAGCUUGUCCGCCAAGCCCGACUGCUGAGCGAGAACAUCGUCUCAGAUCUCGACGAUCUGCUUCCGCACAUUGAUCAAGCAGCCAACGGGACAGAGAUUCAAGGCCUCGCGCUAGUCAAGUUCUCUCCGGGAGCGUCCGAGCAAAACAAACUGCUCCGCGUGCUCACGGCGUUGGAUCAUCUGUUUGACGGCAAGAAGAAGACGGGUGAUGACAAGGACACGGCGGCUGGGGAAGACAAGAAGUACCUGGUCGACUCGCUGUACCACAAUUCGACCUUCCCAUCAAUGUGGGAAAAGCUGAGCGCGUGCCUCAGCGCCAUUCGACAGCGAGAGACCAUGCUCAACGUCGCCACCAUCUUGCUUCCCUUGAUCGAGUCCCUCAUGGUGGUCUGUAAGAACACGACCGCAGAGGAGCAGCCCAAGGAGCCCUGGACGAAGGACACGGCCGCCCCGAAGCCGGAUGCCGAGCAUUACACAGCCGACCUCUUCUUCCAUUUCACAGGAGAGCAUCGACGCAUCCUCAACGAACUUGUGCGCAACAACCCGAAGCUCAUGUCCGGCACAUUUGCGUUGCUGGUCAAAAAUCCAAAGGUCCUUGAGUUUGACAACAAGCGGAACUACUUCAACCGCAGCGUCCAUUCGCGAUCGGGCCAGGGCAACGGACGCCCUUCGUACCCAGCCUUGCAGCUGUCUGUCCGUCGCGACCAGGUCUUCCGCGACUCGUUCAAGGCUCUUUACUUCAAGUCCGGUGACGAAAUGAAGUUCGGCAAGCUGAACAUCCGCUUCCAUGGCGAAGAAGGUGUUGAUGCUGGAGGCGUGACGCGCGAAUGGUUCCAAGUCCUGGCGCGGCAAAUGUUCGAUCCAAAUUACGCCCUCUUCAUCCCCGUCUCCUCAGACCGCACAACGUUCCACCCCAACAAGCUCAGCGGUGUCAACGAGGCACACUUGAUGUUCUUCAAGUUCAUUGGCCGUAUCAUAGGCAAAGCCCUGUAUGAGGGCCGCCUGCUUGACUGCUUCUUCAGCCGAGCGGUGUACAAGCGCAUUUUGGGCAAGUCGGUGUCGGUCAAGGACAUGGAGUCAUUCGACCCAGACUACUACAAAUCUCUUUGCUGGAUGCUCGACAAUGACAUUACUGAUAUCAUUACGGAGACAUUCUCAGUUGAGGAUGAUGAGUUUGGCGUUACCAACGUGGUCGACCUCGUUCCAAACGGUCGAGAAAUAUCCGUGACGGAGGAAAACAAGCAGGAGUACGUCCGCCUUGUGGUGGAGCACAAGCUUCUGUCCUCGGUAAAGGAGCAGAUGGAGAAUUUCUUGAAGGGUUUCCAUGAAAUCAUUCCUGCCAACCUGAUCUCCAUCUUUAGCGAGCAGGAGCUGGAACUCCUGAUCUCGGGCCUGCCAGAUAUUGACAUUGAUGACUGGAAGAGCAACACGGAAUACCAGAAUUACACGCCGUCUUCUCAGCAGAUUCAGUGGUUCUGGCGAGCAGUCCGAUCACUUGAUAAGGAGGAGCGAGCCAAGCUUCUGCAGUUCGUCACCGGCACGAGCAAAGUCCCUCUCAAUGGCUUUAAGGAGCUGGAGGGUAUGAAUGGUGUGAAUCGUUUCAACAUUCAUCGCGAUUAUGGUAGCAAAGACCGACUACCCUCGUCGCAUACAUGCUUCAAUCAGCUCGAUCUCCCCGAGUACGAGACUUACGACAUGUUGCGCUCGCAGCUCGUCAAAGCCAUUACACAAGGCAGCGAGUACUUUGGUUUCGCCUAAAUAGACGACGUGUGGAGGCAAAGCCCGAGCGUGCCAUGGCGCUCAGGCGUUGGGAGCAUGGGAGUCCCGAGCUGGACACUACUCCUUGGUUUGCUGUGUUACUUUGCACUUUCCCUUUCGGGGAUGUAAUAUUUAGGGAAUGGCCUCGGGAAGGACUGGAAUGCCCGCGAGCGCGGUCUCUCAAACUUCCUAUCUCGUAGUCUUUGAGAAGUGCAGGUCUCAGAGGCUGCUUGGGUUGCUUGGGAAGCGCCGUGGAUGGUGGCAAUUAGGCAUAUUGGAGUGUAGAGUAGGGCCAAUUGGCCACAAGCAUUAGACAAGCAAGAAUACAGCAGACAAAGGAUGCCAC